GAUUGCGUACGCCCACGUGCUUGUGAUAAUAGCAACAGAAAAGAUCAUGUCAUCGGUCAUCGGGUCGUCUCUUGGCAUAAUUUGUUUCUGCACUUAAAUCUUAAUAGACCGCGUCGAGAAACGCACGCGACUUUAUACGUGCGUUAACUUUACACGAUGAUACUUCGAAAAUACUAUCUUAUUUAUUUCGUUAUUAGUCUCGCGUGGUUUGCUGCGUGCGAUGUACUUUCGAAGGAACCGACUGUGCUGAUUGCUAUUUUAGUCAGGAAUAAAGCGCACACAUUACCGUAUUUUCUGAGUCUGUUGGAACGACAAGAUUAUCCCAAGAAACGAAUAUGUCUCUGGAUACGCAGCGAUAAUAAUGUCGAUAGAUCUAUAGAGAUAUUGAAUAAAUGGAUCAGUUUAGAAGGCGAAAAGUAUCAUUCCUUGAAUGUUCAGUUAAAUGCAACAUCAACGAGGUUCGAGGAUGAGAGAACAUUUGCCAAUUGGUCGCCCCGCAGAUUUGCGCACGUGAUAGAUUUGCGUGAACAAGCGCUCAAUCAUGCGAGACAAAUAUGGGCAGAUUUCAUUUGGGUGAACAUAUUUUUUAAUCUUAAUAAUCUCUUUAAUUUAUUUUGAGAGAAUAAAUUAUUAUUUU